AUUCAUCCUCUUAAAUAUAUACCCCCAUCGCAGCUCUUCCACAAAAAUUAGGGUUUUAGUUUUCUAGGGUUUCAUCUUCUCGCUUGUUUUCUCUCCCUCUCUCACUUUCUCUCUCCUCAGAUCUCUGCAAUCAUGGCGACUCAGAUGAGCAAGAAGCGAAAGUUUGUCGCUGAUGGAGUUUUUUACGCUGAAUUGAAUGAAGUUUUCACAAGAGAACUUGCUGAAGAUGGUUACUCUGGUGUUGAAGUUAGGGUUACUCCUAGCCGUACUGAGAUCAUCAUACGCGCUACUCGCACUCAGAAUGUUCUCGGUGAGAAAGGAAGGAGAAUUAGGGAGCUGACUUCGAUUGUGCAGAAAAGGUUCAAGUUUCCAGAAGACACUGUUGAAUUGUAUGCUGAGAAGGUUAACAACAGAGGUCUUUGCGCUAUUGCUCAGUGUGAAUCUCUCCGUUACAAGCUUCUUGGUGGUCUCGCUGUUCGUAGGGCUUGCUAUGGUGUUCUCAGGUUUGUCAUGGAAAGUGGAGCAAAGGGUUGUGAGGUGAUUGUUAGCGGGAAACUGAGGGCACAGCGUGCAAAAUCCAUGAAGUUCAAGGAUGGUUAUAUGAUUUCUUCUGGUCAACCUGUUGUUGAGUACAUUGACUCAGCUAUUCGUCACGUCCUUCUGAGACAGGGAGUGCUUGGUAUCAAGGUUAAGAUCAUGCUCGACUGGGAUCCUAAAGGAAAGAUGGGACCCCAAAAGCCAAUCCCUGAUGUUGUUACCAUCCACCCACCAAAGGAUGACGAAGUCUACAGAGCUCCAGCUCCUGUUCAAGAAGUUGAGCUUGUAGAGCCUAUUCCAAUUCCUGUCGCUUAAGGAGAUUUAUUAGGCUAGUUUACAGACCCUUUUUUCUUUCUCUGGGAUGGAUUGUUUACGCUAGACUUCAUACAAUGACCCUGUUUAACCCUCCAGUGGGUUUUGUGCGUUGUCUUUCUUUUGUUAAUUGUUUAUCAAAAGUUUUGUAGUUCCCAUGAGCUUGACGUAAGUAUUUUGGUUUUACAUUUUAUAAUUCCAGUUAUCCUGAACUUUGCGAUAA